AUGGCGUUGGAGGCAGAGGCCAAGCACAUGGUUGCACAAUUUGAGUACACCGCCGAAGAUGUAAACAAGGGCGUAAAAGAGUUCAUUCGGGAGAUGGAAGAGGGCCUGGAAAAGCAGGGGACGUCAAUCAGCCAGAUCCCGACCUAUGUCACAUCGGUCCCCAAUGGCACAGAAAAGGGUGUUUAUCUGGCCGUGGAUCUAGGCGGCACCAACUUCCGAGUAUGCUCAAUCACGCUUCAUGGCAACCAGUCCUUCUCGUUGCAGCAAACCAAAGUCGCUGUCCCUCGAGCCCUGAUGGAAGCAAAGACGGCCCACGAACUCUUCUCGUUUCUUGCCAAACAGAUCGAGUCUUUCCUCAAAGCACACCACAUGGAUCACUUUGAAACACACAAAAAUAAACCUGGCGAGGUCGAAUUUUUCGAUCUGGGCUUCACUUUCAGCUUUCCCGUCAAUCAAGUGGGCAUCAACAAGGGUAGAUUAAUGCGUUGGACGAAGGGCUUUAACAUAGAGGAAGCUAUCGGACAGGACGUCUGUGGUCUGCUGCAGAAGGAGAUCGACGCAUUAAACCUUCCGGUGAGAGUGGCAGCUCUCGUGAACGACACUGUCGGUACGCUAAUGGCGAGGUCGUACACUUCUCCGGGCAAGACCAGUACGUUGAUCGGUGCCAUCUUCGGCACUGGGACAAAUGGCGCCUACGUCGAAAAGCUGGAGAGAGUGAAGAAGAUGAAGGCCAUAGAUGAAGCAGAGGGUGGUGUUCCCAAUUAUGACUCGUCUACCGGGCUCAUGGUGAUCAACACAGAAUGGGGUAGUUUCGACAAUGCCCUUUCAGUCCUGCCUAACACUCAGUACGACAUUGACCUGGACCGCGAGUCAGUAAAUCCUGGUAUCCAAAUGUUCGAGAAGCGUGUGUCGGGAAUGUUCCUGGGCGAAAUCUUGCGCCGUGCCCUGCUAAGUCUCUACAAGCAUCCAGAUGCAGGUGUCGCAUUGUUCAAAGACACAUCGUCUCUUGACAACGAUAUUAGGAGUACAACGACGGUGGCUGACGACAGUCCCCUAUUUAAGACAUGGGGCAUCGACACCUCUUUUCUCUCAAUUGUUGAGGAAGACCACUCAGACCACUUGCGUAUCACCAAACAGACACUGGAAAAGGACCUGAAGGUAGAAGCCGCAUCAACCGAGGACUGUGUUGCCGUCAAGAUGCUUGUGCAUGCGAUUGGGAAACGCGCGGCCAGACUGAGCGCCGUCGCCCUUGCUGGGGUGAUCAUCUCCACCAACAAACUACAAGAGGAUGAGAUAGUCGACGUGGGCGUGGAUGGGAGUCUGGUCGAGUAUUAUCCCGGGUUCGAGGAGUACAUUCGUGAGGCGUUCAGGGAAAUUGAGGGCAUUGGCGAGGACGAGAAGCGGAUAAGGAUCGGGCUUGCGAAGGAUGGCAGCGGCUUGGGAGCAGCGCUUAUUGCGCUGGUGGCUCAUAAUGCGGACCAAUCUAUGUAG